GCAGCGAAGGGUGGCCGGCGGCCAGCCCCGCCCCUACCUGUGUAAGCCGAUCCGCCACCGGAGCCUAGCGGAUAAAAGCGACCCAGCCGCGGGAGGUCAGCGAGUUCGGCUCCCUCGCGCGCCCGCCGCUAGGCCCAGCCCGGUCCAGCCAACAUGUCCAUCCACUUAAGCUCCCAGGUCUUCAGCUCGCGCUCCGCCGCCUUCCCGGGUCGCGGCGCCCAGGUGCGCCUGAGCUCCGUGCGCCCCGGCGGCGGUGCCUUCAGCAGCAGCAGCCUCUACGGCCUGGGCGCCACGCGGGCGCGUGUGCCCGUGCGCUCCACCCACGGGGGCCCGGUGGGCGCCGGCAUCCGCGAAGUCACCAUCAAUCAGAGCCUGCUGGUCCCGCUGCGGAUGGACAUCGACCCCACCAUCCAGCAGGUGCGCCAGGAGGAGCGCGAGCAGAUCAAGACCCUCAACAACAAGUUCGCCUCCUUCAUCGACAAGGUGCGGUUUCUGGAGCAGCAGAAUAAGCUGCUAGAGACCAAGUGGACCCUGCUGCAGGAGCAGAGGUCGGCCAAGAGCAGCGGCCUCCCCAGCAUCUUUGAGGCGCACAUUGCUGGCCUGCGGAGGCAGCUUGAGGGGCUGCAGCUCGAAGGAGGCCGCCUGGAGGUGGAGCUGCGGAACGUGCAGGACGCGGUAGAAGACUUCAAGAACAAGUACGAAGAUGAAAUUAACCGUCGCACAGCUGCUGAGAAUGAGUUCGUGGUGCUGAAAAAGGACGUGGACACUGCCUACAUGAAUAAGGUGGAGUUGGAGGCCAAGUUGGAUGCCCUGAAUGACGAGAUCAACUUCUUCAAGACCCUCUAUGAGACGGAGUUGGCAGAGUUGCAGUCCCAGAUCUCGGACACGUCCGUGGUUCUGUCCAUGGACAACAGCCGCUCCCUGGACCUGGACGGCAUCAUCGCCGAGGUCAAGGCCCAGUACGAGGAAAUCACCAGCCGCAGCCGGGCUGAGGCCGAGGCCUGGUACCAGACCAAGUUUGAGACCCUCCAGGCCCAGGCUGGGAAGCACAGGGACGACCUCCGGAAUACCCGGAAUGAGAUUGCAGAGAUGAGCCGUGCCAUCCAGAGGCUGCAGGCUGAGAUCGACAGCAUUAAGAACCAGUGUGCCAAGCUGGAGGCUGCCAUUGCAGAAGCCGAAGAACAUGGGGAGCUGGCCCUCAAGGAUGCGCGUGCCAAGAAGGAGGAGCUGGAGGCCGCCCUGCACCGAGCCAAGCAGGACAUGGCCCGGCAGCUGCGGGAGUACCAGGAGCUCAUGAACGUCAAGAUAGCUCUGGACAUCGAGAUCGCCACCUACCGCAAGCUGCUGGAGGGCGAGGAGAGCCGGUUGGCCGGAGAUGGAGUAGGAGCUGUGAACAUCUCCGUGGUGAACGCCACCGGUGGUGGUGGCAGUGGGCUGGCCGGGCUGGCCUUCAGGGGAACCAUGGGCAGCAAUGCCCUGAGCUUUUCGAGCGGCGGAGGGCCCGGGGCCAUCAAGUCCUAUUCCACCAGGACCUCAGCCACCACCCACAGGAGCCUCCGAAAAUGAGCUCUGCUGUGUGGAGACCCACAGCCCUACCCCCCACCCCCACCCCGCCCCCCCCCCCUCCCGUCACAGGAGGACUCCCAUCACGGGUCCCAAGAGGGCCAGGCAGUCUGAAAAGUGAUGUCAGAAUAGCUUCCAAUAAAGCAGCCUUUCUGAAGCCCAUCCUGGCCCCUGGGAUCCUGGCUUCAUCAGCUGGUUGGGGAGCCAUGGGGAGGAAGGGGCCCCAGAGAGGAUGGCGUCUGCUGUGAACACGGAGAAGCCACUUGUGCAGGUGACUGGGAAAGCACACUGGUGACCUAGAGGUGGUGCUCUGAGGGGCGUGGCUCUUAGCCGGUGUGAGGCCUUGGCCUCCUCCCAGGGCUGGGACUGAGUCCAGCUCCUCUCCUGAAGCCCAGAAACAUCCCAGGAAGUCUGGCUCUGCCAGGAAGUGGGCGUUGAAGCCUUCUCCUGCUGAGGGAGUGGAGGGCUGUUUGCACACCCCCACCCCCAUGCCCUGUGCUGCCAGAGUUCAUUCCUUGCUGUGAGAAGGCCCAGACAUUCAGCUGCCGCAGGCCUGGGUUUCAGAUGCACCAGCCAGCUCGUGCCCUUGGCCCUUGCUGGUGCUGGGUCUGCCCAGCCCUCAGGUCCUGGACGGGGCUCUCUGGGUCUGGGAUUCUGUGCAGGUGAUGAUGGCAGUGGGAGGAGGCCUGUGUGUGUUUGGGAGGGGGAGGGGUGAGGAGUCCCAGAAUCUGGACCCCCUGGCAGGAGGCUCUGUGCCUGGGCGGUGGCUUGUGUGUGUAUCCGGCUCCCUGGUGGGGGGAGGGGCAUUUGUGGGUCGGCUGCUCGAUAAGAGCAUCUCUGUGUCUGGGGUCGGGGGUCUGUGUGUCUGUACGCGUGUGGGGGUGUUUUUAGGGUCUAUGGGGAUAUCUGUUCCUGCAACAGCACAUAUGAUGGAUGGUGGGGAGGGGGUAGUGGGGAGGUCUCUUGUGUCUAGGACACCUGGGGGGGUGAUGGCGGUGUAUAUGGGGGGGCUAUCAAGAGGGUGUUGGUUUCUGGGGGAGGAGGAGUCUAUAUUCGAUCCUACGGUCAGGAAUUUUCAUAUAUUGAGGUGGGGGUGGAAUGGGGAGUGGGGGAAGUGGACCGUUGGUGUCCCGCCAGCCGUGAGUGAUAAGGUGCCCCCCUACAGGUGUCAGGAGAGCCAGGCCCUGCCCCUCCUGGCUAAGUCUCCUCCUGGUUGCCUUUCUCUCCCUCUGCUUCCAGCUCUUUCUCACGCUGUCUGGGUAUUUGGGGCUGCCGGCCAGCCCCCUGCAGCCUUCAGGAAGUGUGAAUGUGGCACUCGGGCAGGGUGCCUCCGAGAUAGCCCUCUUUCCCCUUUGGCUGUGAACAGCUUCUCUGUCAGCCUCUGAGGGGCCCAAACCGGGCCGGACGUCCCCAUGUGUAGGCACAGACGGGAGCUUUUCUGAGCGCAUUAUGUAUGAUCCAUGAGCUUUAUUGGCAACGUGGACACUAAGCACGAGGGGGAGGGAGCCCAGGCGGCCGCCAAGAGAUGUCCUCGUGAAGCCGAGGCCUCAGUCACCGCCAGGGUUUGGAAGGCAGGGGAGGCCCAGUGGAAUAGAGGCAUGUCCACAGCCCAGGGGACCUGGGGCCAAUCUGUGCCUUAGAAGCCACAGGUUUUUGGGCCAGGCCAGCUCCCAGAGCAGCCCGAGCAGGUCAGGAUUGGCACCCUGCCCAAGGCUGCUUGGAAGGCAGCCAUUUAGACUCCUGGGGCCAGCUGGGCAGGGAGGCCGGCCCUCUCCGGAAGGAAUCCGCCCCCCUCCCCAAGAGCAAGAGCGAAGGAGGGGGAGAAGGCGGAGAAGUUGCAAGAAGAUAAGGCUGCAGUGUGGACGGGUCAGGCCCGCAGAUUCUCCAAGUCCUUCCGCUUCAAGCCCCAGGGCUACGGCUGCUCCCGGACCCGCCGCUGGAGGCAGGGGUUGCGGACUCCGAGAGCCGAGCCGAGUAUUUACAGGGCGGGAGGCGCUACGCGAACCGCACCAGGGAGCUGCCGCUGCACUUCUGGCCGCAGGGCGCGCACAUUCCGGUGCUCACCGCCAGGUUCCCGCUGCAGGGGGCGCUGCACGCGCUGCCGGUCACUGGCCGCGAGCCGGACACGCAGAGGUCCCCGCAGACGACCCCGCCCCGGGAGCUGCUGACGCCUGCGGGAGGAGAGCAGGGCUUAGUCCCCGUGCGAGGUCGUGGCUGGCGGUCCCUGCCUACUGGCUCUUGCUCAGAGCGCCUCCCCCUUCAUUUCUAUUCCUCUCUUGCCCCCUUCCCCCCAACACCUUCACUCCUGGGCACUCUUUCCUGCACUCAGGCCGCAAGUGUCCUUGAUAAACCGUGCUCCCAGGCCCUCCCUGUGGGCAGAAAUAGCUUUUUAACUCAUAAUCAUUCACUGCCACACUCCCUCCUUCCUUUCAGGGUUUCAAACUAUGGCCUGUGUUGGCCUCCUAUAUUUGUAAAUAAAGUUUUAUCGGAAGCAAGCCA